UCCAGCCUCCACAGGGAGGAGGAGGAGGAUAAAGAGGAGGCGGAGAAUAAAUGAAACUGUUUUUGCAACCACAUGUUGCUGUGCUUGAUUGAACUGCUGCAAACAGCGCCUGGGCUCCCCACCUUCCACCGCUUUGCAGUGUACAUCCAACUAACGAUGUGGCCGCUGCGUCUGUAGUUUCUACCACCUGUGGCAGCGCUCCUUUUUCCCUCUUCGAGGGAACAAAAAAAGGUGAGCCGAGAGAGGUCGGAGAGGAGGGGGAUAUCUUUCAUAUUAAGUGGACAUCUGACACAGAGAGAUCCUCGCUGCACACCCAGUUGACACAAAUGAAAGAAUCCUAAAGCCAACACCAUGCCUGGACUCAUUAACAAGGAGAACCGGAGCGCUCUUCCCCUCAGUGUCUCUGAUAUCACUUCCUGUGUCAGGGGUUACACUCUGGCCAUGACAGCCUCUAUGACCUAUGAGAAUUUUGAGGAUCAUGCAAUUGAGGGGAUCUUCAUUUAUCCACUGGAGGAAGAUUCUAUCGUUGUGGGGUUUGAGUCCAUGAUAUCGAGUCAGAUUAUAACGCUGCAGAUCAAAGACAAGGCAAAAAUUGAAGAUUGUUAUGUGGAUUGCUGCAACACAUCUAACGGAGGCCUCCAGAGUGGCAGCGGACAUAUACUGAUUGAUGAGGAUCUGGAGAGGACAGUGUUAGUGGUUAACCUCGGGAUCAUCCCUCCUAUGGAGACGGUCCAUAUUCUGGUCAGCACCUCCUCUGAGCUGUCCACCCUUCCCAAUGGAGGCAUAAUGGUCUCGUCCCCUCCCGUAUGUACACCGCGGGUUCAGAGGACCAUCAACGAGGAGCAGGGGCUAUCCCCAAACUUCUCCAGAACGCGGGACCGGCCCAGUUGUUCCUCAAGUACCCACGAUCAAACUCCCAACUCCCCUCAUCUGUGGUUGGCUUCACUGCUGGAGGAGGAGGCCAUCAACUCCAUGGACUACGAAUUUAACUUCCAGCUGGAGAUACGGGCUCCCUAUCUCCUCGCAGGUGUAGAAAGUCCGUCUCACGCCAUCAGAGCUGAUGCAGACCCUCUGGCGCGCUCUGCAACAAGUGUGGUUAUCACUCUGGCUGACAAGUACACUUAUGACUGUCCUGUCAAAAUCCUCAUCUAUCCCAGCGAGCCUCAUCUACCACAUGUGCUCAUUGAGAAUGGAGACAUGACGCAGGAGGAGUACGAUGAAUAUAUUCAGGGACGGAGCGAUUUCAUCAAAGCCGCCAAGAAGGACUCCAGCAAUGAGAGGAAAAUAGCUGUAAUUCACAGGCGACUCCACAAGGACAUCCUCCACAACCCCGUGGUCAUGUUGAACUUUUGCCCUGACCUCAAGUCCAUCAGCUCAGACCUGGGGAAGGUUCACGGCGAGUUCAUCUUUCUCAUUGACCGCAGCGGCAGCAUGAGCGGAGUUAACAUCAACUGUGUCAAGGACGCCAUGGUGGUGAUUCUCAAGAGCCUCGUUCCGGGCUGCCUUUUCAACAUCGUAGGCUUCGGUUCCACAUUCAAAUCGCUAUUCGCAACCAGCCAAUACUAUGAGGAGGAAGCCCUGGCCCUGGCUUGUGAUUAUGUUCGGAAGAUCAGGGCCGACAUGGGGGGCACGAACGUCCUGGCACCGCUCAAUUGGAUCUUGAGGCAGCCGAUGUUCAGCGGACACCCCCGCCUGCUCUUCUUGCUCACCGACGGAGCCACCAGCGACACAGGCAAAAUUAUUGAGGUGGUCCGCAGUCACUCACGCUACAUCAGGUGUUUUACUUUCGGCAUAGGACAGAGCGCUUGCCGGAGGCUGGUCCAGGGACUGGCGACAGUUUCCAAAGGAACAGCAGAGUUCCUGGCUGAAGGGGAGAGGCUGCAGCCCAAGAUGAUAAAGUCGCUGAAGAAAACCAUGUCUCCAGUGCUGAGUGACAUUUCUAUUGAUUGGCUCUUCCCUGAGACGAAAGAAGUGCUGCUGACCCCCGUGGGCAACACCUUCCUGUUUCCAGGGGACAGUCUGAUCGGCUACAGUGUGGUCUGCGACGCCACGCGCUACCACGCCAACCCCAAAUCUGAUAAGAGGAGGCGAUACAGUAUGAUGCGCUCCGUUGAGUCAUCCAGCUCCGUCUUUUACCAAUCGCAAGAUGACGAUGCGCUGAAGGCAGGUAGCGACUUCCAGGGCUCCAACAGGGAAGCAACGCUAGAGGAUUCCCGCCAGGACUCCGUGACAGAGAGCCCCGUCGUCACUGAGCAAGACCCUUUAGGGUUGGAUUGUAAGAUGUUUCCGAGACGGCGCGCAUACAGCACCAACCAGAUAACGGACCACACCUCGUCGAAGAAGGUCUUCACUCCCAGUGAUCCCAGCUCGGUGGUGGCAAAGAAUCCACUGAGGAGAGCCAAAGUCCAGGAGCUGAUUGGCCAGAUGAGCCCUGACAACGAGGCCCAGUGGAGGAACGACUACCAGCCAGAGUUGCCAAGCCUGACCGCCGCAUCUUCCAGAGGGCAUCCCGCCAGCUGCCACAGGCCGCUCACUCAAAAGGAGCCGCUCCUGCAGCACGAAGUGGAUUCGGAGCUUCAUUUCCCACCUGAGGACGAUCCCCAGCCGAGCAGCAUCAGCACGCCGCCUGCAGCUCGCAACUCGGCUGGGGAAAACGGAUCGAGAUCGUCCACCGACAGCCCUCCUGUUGGCAGCAUCGGGGAUAUGGAUGGCUACGGACACCAGUUGUGUCACGCGGAAACUCCACAGGAGCCCCAAACAUCAGAUUUGGAUGCGGCCUCCCGGCCCAAAGGGGACUGCAAGGCAGUGGUGUCCGGGCUGCUGUGUGGGAAACCAGCAAAGUGGGAGGUCGUCUUUGAUAUCGAGCCCUUCCUGAACGGACGCGAACGUGAAGAAAAGGUUCACGAGGAGCUGUGGAACGAGACCUUCCACCACCUGUCCGGACACUCCAUCAUACGCGACUUUGAGCAAAUGGCGGAUAAGGAGUGUGAGAUUGAGCACGGCUCUGGCAGGAAGUACCAGAUAUACGCUAUUCACACCAGCAAGGCCUGCAAUAUACUGAGCAAAUACACAGCGUUUGUUCCCAUUGACCUGGACACCAAUGAGUAUUUGCAGACGUGCAUUGAAUACAUAAACGGUGGUGAAGGGCUGAAGCGAGGCUCUAGCUCCAGUACUCGUUCAGGGAGCAGGAAGAGCAGAGGCUACUCCAUAGGACUGGGUCGCUCUCAGUCCGGCGGCGUGUCUGAGGAAGCUGAAGAUGUCCUGCUGCCCAACAAUGGAGAGGAUGGCGUCUCUCCGUGCACCACCCCCUCCUCCAGCGGUUGGGAGAAAAGCAGCUUCACAGAUGUCUUCCAAAGGAGUCCUUCUGUGACCUCUGACCAAUCACAGAAAUUGGUUGAAAGCCUUUUUUCUGCCAGAUUGGCCCUCAGCAGGACUCGCCUACUGACUCGAGCUGCCAAAGGAUUCAUAUGUCGAUCUCACAGCAAGUCUGGUGAUUCAAUUGGAGAGAGUGACAACGAGAAUAAAGACUACAUUCCUCUGGUGUUGUUGCAGUUGGCCGGCGGUGCAUUUCCGCUGGACACCGCCCUGUGCGAAGCCAUCAGUGUGCCCAUGGACAAGCUGAAGUGGACGUCCCCCUUCACCAGCCACCGCACCAGCCUGGGGCACCUGUCUCACUCCGGCAGCCGCCGCGCCGAGAGCAGCGAUGACGCACACAGCUCCCCGCGUGAAACGGAGAGGCGUCAGCAACCCGCAGAGCCAGCGGGAGGCACCUUCGGCCCCUCUCAGCUGCCCGGCAGUUUGUGGACCGAUGGCGGUCCCUCCGCCAUAGGCAGCCCGUCCACGGCGCCUGAGCCCCCGCUGUCCGCACACUGCCAGGUGGACGGCGGGCGGGGCUCUGGGUCGGGGCCGUCGGAGGCAGCGUCGCCCGGCACUGUGCCGAAGAGGAUGCUGGAUCCAGAGAGCAUGGUGUGGGCCACGGCUGUGGCCCUCGCCUGGUUGGAGCACAGCUCGGCCAGUCAUUUCAUAGAGUGGGAACUGGUGGCCGCCAAGGCCAGCAUGUGGCUGGGGGCGCAGGACAUUCCGGAAGGACGGGACUUGGCCUCCGUCAAGGCUGCGGCCAACCAGCUCUUCAUGAUCCUCAGACACUGGGAUGAAAACCUGCAACUGAACAUGCUCUGUUACAACCCCAACAGCGUCUGAGGGCCGCUGAUGCAAAGAGGAAACAGACUACUCAAAGCACUCCAUUCAACACUAUGCCAAACGAGGUCGUGGUAUUCUAUGUUUGGGAAUUUGCCGUCACAGUUGUUCACAGUAUGUUUUUUCCUUUUACCACGUGCUGUAACUCCAAACAUAUCACAAUCUCUUCGGAGGCAUUUCGUGCUGGCUUUUAUCUUGCUGGUGCCUGUAGCUGGAUGCCUGUUAGCUUGAGGAUCUAAUCAGAUUUAUUCCACAGGUUUGAGUUUCGUGGCAAAGAAGGUCAGAGUUAAAUUAGUAGCAUGCCGCACCACUGACCGUCAACAUCUGAGAAAAGCUUAUUGUCAUCAUAUUGAUGUUAUGGGGUGAAUGCUGAAAAGGAUUGUAAGAGAAAGAAGAAAAAAAAGUGUGAUGGUGUUUUUAAAUACGAAAACAUUUUUCUGGAUUGAUGGUACUGUGGAAGAAAAUGUUAGAUGUUACAUCUGGGUACUUGCAAGCAGUACUGCACUUUUUUUCUAUUGUUAUGACAGUGUUCUUAGUAUUUGCCAUUUCUGCACACAGAAAAAUAUGCAAAAAGAUAAAGUAAUCUAAAAUAUAUAUGUUAGUAUUUGUAAAAAAAAAAAAAAGGCUUUGGUGGGAAUCUAUGAAUGUUUAUCCCGCUAGCAUGUAAUUUGCUAUUUAUUAUUUAAUGAUAUUGUCUUUUCAUAUUUGCAUUCUAAGAGAGUAGCAGACAUGGGUGCAGAGUUAGCAUUGCAUGGUUAAUUGUUUGCUAUGUAAUAUGGAUAUAUUCACCUCACUCAUUUAAAAAGGGGCUGCACCACCAAACCAGAUGACAUAUCCAAUGCAGGCAAAUGGCUUGAAGUUGUCAAAUACGACAUUUCAUACAUACUUGCUAAAUUGAAGUUAUCGAGCUGUCAGCACACCAAGCAAUGUGUGUCCUGGUAGUUUCUUUAGCUGUUUGCCAAACACACCAUCCAAAACUAUUGAUUGCAAAAUAUGAGGUCCAGUUUUUUGGACUAUAGUUGGUCUCCUCUUUGUUCGACAUUACAGUUUGUGGAUGUAAUAGCUUGUCCAGACUGUAACUUCUCAUUCAUCAGGAGCUGGGGGCCGGUUAGGGGAAUAGAGUGAGUCAGCAGGCUACAGGCAUUGAAAGAGGUUUUCAGAAAGUGUGAGUCACUGCAACCACGAGAGGCCAUAACUGGCCCCCCGAAAUACUAUGCAGUUGACUGCCGCCGAAUGCGAGAUUAGCCAUUGAAUGAACCGCGGGUUUUAACGCUCUUUUUCCAAUGAUUUGCAUGGGAACAAUCCACGAUCAAGAUGGAAUACCCUUUGCAGCUAAUACUGAAAAAACACUUGUCAGACCAGGGCAGCAGUCUAAUAGUAAAAACAUAAAUGGAAAUAGAGUCUCAUAUUGCCAAACCCUCUUUUCCUGAAUUUGUAUGAAUUGUCCUUCCAGCUUUCCUUGAAUUUUUGACAUUUUCCAUCGAGCUGGAGGAAGAGAAAAAAUGUGAAGAAAAUUUUCAAAGGACUGAGAAAAAGACGACUACGAUGGGGAAUGCAUGCAUGGACAAGCGUAUAAAUAAGUAGUUUUGAAACCAGCCAGUUGUUAAUUACAAAUUAGGAAGUGCCAAUACAGACAGACACACACACACACACACACACACACACACACACACACACACACACACACACACACACACACACACACACACACACACACACACACACACACACACACACACACACACGCACACUGAUGGUUUAUUCACAGCUGGUGCAACCUAAUCCUGUGAAGGAUGGGAAGCCCUGCUCUGAAAAUCAGAGGCCAAAGGGUCCCGUUAUUUCUGUCAUGUACACAGCUCAUUUACCACAAGUGCCUGAACAGGGUCUAAAGUUGGCAAAUAUAGAUCUGUUUAUUGCAGCAUAAGCUUUGUGCGAGAUGAUGGCCCUUUUUUUUCCUCCAAAAUAUAGCAUUUUCUCUCUUCUACUUGUCUCUUAAAUCUGUGUGUGGCCUCUAUGGGCACGUUUCCCUAUUGAUUGACUCUCUUAUUCCAUCACAGUGUUGCUUUACUCAGGUAUUUAUACAUUUUUUUCCCACUCAGGCUGAGUUGCAUAAAUCCUUCUGCAUGAACACAUGUGUUUAUGGUAUGGUGUUUAUUGCAAAGUGAGUAAAUUGCCAAAUUGGAGCCAGUAGUUGAGUAUUUGUGUAAAUGACACAGUCAUAUAGUAAUAUUUUUGUGAUGUGAUUGCAGUAGUUCAGUGCAGCUGUAAGUGUAUAUUGUAUUUUUAUGUACUGGGUCAGUGGUAUAAGUGCAGUAUCUCUAAACUUGCUGUGUGUGCCUUUAUAAAUGAUUGUUGACCGUUGGAGGAUGUUGAGAGCUUAGUGUCUUUAUAAAUGUUGAUGCUGUGAUCAGCUCUGCAGGUGCAUGUAAUAAAACGACUGCCGACAAAGUUA